AUGCCCACCCUCACCGUGCCAAUCAACCAGUCGAAUAUCAAUCUCGAUACAUCGGGCGUCGCUGGAUUCUUCGGUGGGGAUGAAGCAAUCUCAGCGAUGGCUACUGUCCAUCUCUACCGUGGGAGGCGGUGGCUAGGCUGGUAUAAUUCACCAGGAAGUUACAUUGUCGCCAAGAAGUUCGGGCAGCUCGCUAAUUCGCGAUUUUGGGAUGGCCUUUUCCCUGGUCCAAAUCUAACACCAGCUGAGGUGUUUGGGUUGGAUGGAAAACCCGGCCCUCGUUAUUGGGGGGUUUUGUCGGGCACGGAUAUGCCUGCCGGUCACCUGGCAUACCUUGUGGUGCAGAAGACGAAAGAAGUUGAAGAAGUGGUAAUAUUGGGAGGAAGGGAGACUAUACCUCUAACAGUCACUAUCAUCGAUGUCGGAGAUGUGAUGCUCAAGCACUCAGACCAGGCGCCAGUGAUGAGUAUCCAUCAUGCUCUCUUGGCUGCUAUCCCCAUUACCAUCAAUCUCGCAACGUGCGUGCUUUGCGCGGCUUCGGGAGAUUGGCUAGCCUUUGCUCUCAUCCUGCUGGGAGUCAUUUCAGGGGGAACAUCUUGCUUUGUCAUCGGCUCUGCUCGACUCGAUUUUCUUGCCGGCGUGAAGGAACCCUCUCCAGGCACACCGCCUGCGGACGGAUUACUUCUUAUGCGAAACGACGUGGUCAUUAUCAGAGGUGCAGAGAAAGACGUCAAUCCAAUAACGAAAGGCAAAUUUGUCCUGAGGAUGAAUGACGGCCCAGAGUACAGACGAAUUGGACUCUGCUCGCUUCUCCUCCUCGCGCAGUUCCUUCUCCAGCUCCUUUUCAUCCCUCAGGCAUCGACAUUUGGGCAGAUCAUGUUCAUCUCAUCGGUUGCAGCCUCAUGGACAUAUAAUUCAUUUCUGUCGUCGUUGGAGCCAGAGAAAAUACAACUCGAUAUCCUAUGGAAAGCGCUCGACAAUCCACGACUAUUGAAAUUUGGGCUCAAAAACAGAGCUGCUCAGGCAGUUUUUGCAUGCCUGGUCCUCGGUGAUGGCCCCCAAAGGCCAUCUGUUGACUUCAAACCAAAGAAAAUCCUGCAACGUUUCAUCUCGAACGACACAAGAGUAUGGAAUGUAUGGAGAGACAAAGUGGCGGAGCAGCUGGAAAAUAACAAAGAAGAAAAGUCGUUCAACCUUAGCUCUAGGGAUCUGCAAGGGUUCACAGAUCAUGAAAGGGCCCUCCUGGAGUCAUUGCUUCGAAACGCAGACGAUGCGUAUAGAGGUUACCAGGAACAAGUACAUAAGAUUAGCGACAAUAGCUAUAUCUCUGAGAAACAAGUACCUCGAUCGGACUUCUUCGUUCAAAGUCGUGUUUGA